UAUGUCCUUUAGUAUUCAGAAGAUUAGCUACCCUUAAAAAACACAUGGUUACCCACAGUAAUGAGAGACCUCACCAGUGUCCUGUCUGUGAUGUAGCCUUUAAAACAUCUUGUGACCAUAAAAAGCACAUGAUUACCCGCAGUGUUUUGAAGCCUCACCAGUGUACUGUAUGUCCUUUAUCUUUCAAAAGAUUAGAUAGCCUGAAAAAGCAUGUAGUGGUUCACAGUGUUUUGAAACCUCACCAGUGUACUGCAUGUCCUUUAUCUUUCAAAAGAUUAAAUAGCCUGAAAAGGCACAUAGUGGUUCACAGUGAUGAGAAACCUUACCAGUGUACUGUAUGUCCUUUAUCUUUCAAAAGAUUAAAGAGCCUGAAAAGGCACAUAGUGGUUCACAGUGAUGAGAAACCUCACCAGUGUACUGUAUGUCCUUUAGCUUUCAAAAGAUUAGAUACCCUAAAACAGCACAUGGUGACUCACAGUGAUGAGAAACCUCACCAGUGUACUGUAUGUCCUUUAGCUUUCAGAAGAUUAGCUGCCCUAAAAGAACACAUGGUGACCCACAGUAACGAGAGACCUCACCAGUGUUCUGUCUGUGAUGUAGCCUUUGAUACAUCUCGUGACCAUAAAAAGCACAUGAUAACCCACAGUGUUUUGAAGCCUCACCAGUGUACUGCAUGUCCUUCAUCUUUCAAAAGAUUAAAGAACCUGAAAAGGCAUAUACUGGUUCACAGUGAUGAGAAACCUCACCAGUGUACUGUAUGUCCUUCAGCUUUCAAAAGAUUAGAUAACCUGAAAAAACACAUGGUGACCCACAGUAAUGAGAAACCUCACCAGUGUACCGUAUGUCCUUUAGCUUUCCAAAGAAUAGAUACCCUAAAACAGCACAUGGUGACUCACAUGAUGUGCAGCGUAUGUAAGAAAUUUUGUAAUCGGUCAGUUGAGUUAAAAAAGCACAUGCGCACCCACAGGGAUGUGACGUCACCUGUACCAUCUGAGUAGAGGUAGUUCCAAGCAGAGGGCAGUAUUAAACACAGCAUGAUAAUUAACAAGGAUGUGAAAUCUCAUUAAUGCAGUGUAUGUGAAAGUGGUAUGCUAUCAGUGAGACACCUUAUGAGCAAUGUGUGUAAAGUUUUUUUUAAAAUUUUAAACAGUGCAGUGUUAUGUAAGGUUGUCUGUUAAUGACACAUACUGACAUUAAGACAAACUCUCUCAUGCAUGAUGUCUUCCGUUAAAAGGAUCAAAUGAUUUGAAAGAACCAUUCAAAUCCUCUUUUUCUCAAUGCAGAUUGUUUCUCUGGACAUUUUGUCGGAGCCUAAUUUUUGUAUACUUCAUACUAAUCCAUGGUAUAGGAGAGAGGUGAUUUGUCUACCAGAGAAACAGCUUGUCUUUUCAAAGAACAUGUGCUGAUAUUGAUGAGUAUCUUUGUGUUCAGUGUGUACAGCCAACCCCUAAAAAUGCACAAGAAAACUCAACAUGUACCUUAGCACCUUUUUGGCCGAUUUUCUCCCUGCUUUGUAUGCAAUGUCAAAGAUGUUUUUUCAAAAGUCUUGAAAAUCCAAGAUACACUGCACUGUACUUUAGUUUGUUGUAUGCUACGCUAUC